AUGUCUAACCAAAAGCCCCUUCGUCCUGACAAUCCCUCCGAUAUCGUCAUGUCCACGCCUAUUGUUUUCACAUCCGAGCGCCUCGACCUUGCACCAAGUCGCCCUCGCCCCCGACCCCGUAGCACAUGGUCCCUGUAUGAGAUCCACAUGCGCCUACAAACCAUCCUAGCCGACGGCCCUUCCGCCCCAAGCGAAUGGUGGAUCCACGAGUUAGCCAAACACGCCGCGCAAGACGCCGACGCGCUAUGCUUUACUUUCCAUGUACCCACACUGCAAUUGGGCUUCAGCAUGCUAAUGGACGUGUUUCCCCCCGGUUCGCUGAACUUCCGUGCAGAUGUGGAGCAUUUGUUGCCGCUGCUGCCGAUUCGGGAAGGCGAGGACGUGCAGCGUGUGCUGCUGAUUGAGGUGAUUCUUUAUGCGGCGAGGGAGCUGCGGAUGGAUUGGUGGGAUCAUGCGCGGAGUCGGAUGGCGUUGGUGUUUGGUGUCAUGCAUGCGUGUAUGAUUCAGCGGAAGCGGGAGGAGUUUAGAACAGAUGAUGGGGUGAGCAGGGGACUAGGGAAGAUGGAGUUGGGACGAGACGAGAGUGCUUUACUCGACCGGCUGGCAGAUGACUUGGCGGAUGUGUUGAGGGUCAAGAUCUGA